AUGAACGGUGAAACACCCAGUGUACCCAUCACUACCUUGGCAGGAGUGGCAAGCUUGACAGAUUUGCUGCCACAGCUUCCUUUGCCUACACCAUUGCCACAGACGGUUCAGAACAAAUCACUGUUGUAUAAUUCAAGCAUUUCCGAGGAUGCCCGCAAGAUCUUGGCUUCGUCAGAUGAGCGGCUGGGCAACCAGCUUGCUCACGCUCUUCGACAAACAAAUAUCAGUCAUAUAGAGCUCAAGGACACCCUGAGCACAAACACAGUGGAUGGUGACAUCCCUGUUUUGCUGCAGACUAUGAUGCGCAAGGAUCCACACAUUUUUCAAGGCAAUGCACAUUUAGAUGGUAUGCAUUCUCAUGCUUCAAAGUAUGGGAGUUACAUCCAACAUGGUUACAGAAUCUCCUCCAACACCCCUCCUUAUAGUUCUUCUCAUAGCGACAGUCAGCACAGUAGUUCCAGGCAAAGUCAUUCUCAAUCCCCCAGAUAUCAGCCUAAUUUAUAUACAUCACCUAACAACAGUCCUUAUCCAGCUGCCAGUGCUGGGUCCGGACAUUCAUCCAGUCCUUUAGUUUCUCAUAACCAUCAACCGAAUGCAGUGGCCAGCCCAGCACAGGCAACUGCGGCAGAGAGAGUUCUGCCUCACCAGUAUGCACACCAAGCCUCGCACACCUUAUCACAAAACCCCACAGACCCACGCGAACGGCAUAAUAGACGUCCCCGGAACUCAUCGUCCUCCAUAUCAAACGACAACACUGACCAACAGUGCCAGCACGGCAACAAAUCUCAGGAACCCGUACAAAAACCCGCAGGCCAUUUGCCAAACAGGACUAAUGUUCAGGGGCCACCGGUGCUGCCGGAGCCCGUGAUUGUGUUGAACGAUAUCGGUGAUCAGAUUAAGACUAGUUCAGUCAGCAGGUUACCUUUGCCGGCUCACCUGCCCUCCAGCGCACCUGUAAAAAACUCUGAUUCGUCCUCGCAUCAGAAAUCAAAAAGCACAGAAACCACAAAGAAAAGCGAGCCAGUCGUAAUGUUAGAAAUGUUGGAUCCUUCUACACUGAAGACAAUUAGGAAGGGCGGUUCUGUAAAAACUGACUGUGAUAAUGAUGUACGGAAGAAAAAGAGAGAAGAAUCCAACUUCAAUAUAUCGAGGACAGCAGGGGACAUGUCCUUUCAGCCAUCUCGGAAUCGGCGGUCAGAAGAUACAUACAAAAAUAGGGCAGCAAAACGGAGACGGAAUUCUGUGGAGAGUGAUGAUGCUUCCUCACUGUCAGAAUUUGUGGAGACUGAAGAAGAUAUCAAGGCACACUAUGCCAAGAUGAAGAAGAAGGAGAAGCACAGCAAGACGAGGUUGCUUCAGCCUGUGGUGAGUUUAGAGGACUUGCUGGACAGCCCCAUGUUCAAGAAAUUCAACAGUUGUGUGGAUGUCAUUCUCGACAAUGCUGAAGAUGCCAACUUUGCCGGUUUUGACAAAGACAGUGACGAUGUUGAGUGUCCUCCUGAAUCUCUCAUUACUAGAGGGCUUCUGACAGAUUUGUAUGGAGAAGCAGCUAAACUCAAAUCUAUGAAUGCACUAUCUCAGAUACCCCCUGACCGCCUAGUGAAGCUGAUGACCAUUCUCCUGUGGAACAUACGAGAUGGCUGUAAAGUCACGCCGAACAUCAAUGAGGAGGAGGAUGAGGAGGAGUCUAAACUGUGGCGAGAGCUGACUAUGGACAGAGUGAUGCGAAGUAUGGAUGCCUCUCUCACGGCCCUGGCUGUCAUGACAGGACGAAACAUGCCAAAACAAGUCUAUCUAGAAGAUGUCAUCGAGAGGAUCAUCUUGUAUUCUAAAUUCCAACUGCACAACACCAUCUACCCAGAGUUUGACCCUGUCUACAAACUCGACCCUAAGGACAAAGAUGGAUAUCAUGGUAGUUUGAAAGCCAAGAGGGCCCGAGCAGGUUCUGUGAAGCACAAAUCCACUAUCACAUUCUACAACAAGAUGUGUGAACUCGUCAGUGCUUUAGCAUCGUUGCUGGAAAUCCAGGAACUCACUGAUACUAUCAUCCUGCAGGUGUCUUCGUUGGGAGUUUCAGCAUUUUUUGUGGAGAACAUCAGUGAGCUACAAUUGAAUGCAAUGAAACUCGUCACAACAGUAUUUUCCCGCUACUCCAAACAUAGGCAGCUUAUACUAGAAGAUAUAUUUGCAAGUUUAGCCAGGCUUCCAUCAAGCAAGAGGAACCUCAGAAACUACAGGUUGAACUCUGACGAAUCCAUACAGAUGGUGACUGCCUUAGCCUUACAGCUGAUCCAGUGUGUGGUGAAGCUACCAGAGGCAGACUCUGAGAAGCCAGCAGAAGAAGAUAACAAGAACAAAAAGAACAAAACAGCAAACACAGAUGGGAACUCACUGGUGAAAAGUGAUAAUGACGUGUUGAUUGUCACCUCGUAUGAGACAGCCAUGAGAACAGGCUACAAUUUUUUAUCUGUCUUCUUAAAAAAGUGUACUACAAAAGGAGAGGAAGACUACAGGCAUCUGUUUGAGAACUUUGUCCAGGACCUGUUGACGACAGUGAAUAAGCCAGAGUGGCCAGCCUCUGAACUACUACUCAGUCUUCUAGGAAGGAUAUUGGUGCAGCAGUUCAGCAGCAAGUCUACAGACAUGUCUCUACGAGUUGCUUCGCUGGAGUACCUGGGCAUCGUGGCUGCUCGACUGAGGAAGGAUGCAAUCACUAGCCAGCUGAACCAGGAUGUCAUCAAUGACAUUGUACAAAAGGUUAGUGAAAAUGAGGAAGAAGAAGCUGCAGCAGAGAGAAAGAGCAAGAAAAAUGAGCCCAGAACUGCCUCUGAUCUGACGGAGAAGCUACAGCAAGCAAUGCUGGAAUACCUGGCUUAUAACUCCCAGAGUGAAUCUGCCUUGUUGUGUGCCAGACAGUUCUACAUAGCCCAGUGGUUCCGGGACACAACAGUGGAGGCAGAGAAGACACUGAAAGCGCAGCAUACCACAUCAGGGGAAGACCAGGAUGAGGACUUUAAUGAGAUGGAAGAAGAAAAAUCCACAGAAGUGCUGCAGAAUACCGAGAAAAGGAAAGCAUUUCUCUGCUCACUGGUGGCCUGUUCCAGCCGGUCACAGGGACAUUUAAAACAUGCUGGUGCCAAGCUGGACUACGACAGUGCAUGCCUUGUUGCCAGAUAUCUCUCAUCCAAGCGUCCAUUUGCUCAAAGUUUUGACAUAUAUCUCACUCAGAUCCUGAAGGUGUUGAGUGAAACAGCUGUCGCAGUGAGAACCAAAGCCAUGAAAUGCCUUACACAGGUUGUUGAAGCCGAUCCUGGAAUACUUGCCCGGUCUGACAUGCAGCGGGGAGUUCAUGCCAGGUUCCUGGACCAGUCAACUUCAGUCAGAGAAGCUGCAAUAGAGUUGGUUGGGAAGUUCAUCCUCAUUCAGCCAGACCUCAUUCCAAAUUACUAUGACAUGCUUUCUGAUCGCAUUCUGGAUACCGGGAUCAGUGUGAGGAAGCGAGUCAUUCGUAUCUUCAAAGACAUUUGUAUAGAACACUGUGACUUCCCAAAGAUCCCUGAGAUGUGUGUCAAGAUGAUCAGGAGAGUCAAUGAUGAGGAGGGCAUCAAAAAACUGGUCAAUGAAGUCUUUCAGAGCAUGUGGUUCACACCCAUCGGAUCCCGAGCCAAGGAUGCUGACAGACUGGUUCAGAGAGUCAUGAAUAUCACUGAUGUGGUUGCAGCAGCCAAGGAUACCAGUUAUGAAUUCUUUGAGCAGUUGCUGGAGAAUUUGUUGAAGAAGGAUGAGGAGGGGAACUAUAACAAAUCAGCAAUAACAGCUUGCAAACAGAUAGUUGACUGUUUGGUAGAAAAUGUUCUGCGGAUAGAGGAGAAGAGCGUUGAGAAAACUGAGGGCAGGGCAAUCGGUGGCCGUCUGGUUGGAUGUCUGUCAACCCUGCACCUGUUCAGCAAAAUUAAACCAGAUCUCAUGGUAGAACAUGCAACCACUUUGCAGCCUUACCUUGACAUCAAGUGCAAUACUCAGGGAGAUUUUAUGGUACUCCAUUACGUUGCCCGCAUCCUGGAACUUGUGAUACCCCUGAUGGAUCAUCCUAGCGAGUCAUUCCUGGCACAGGUUGAAGAGGCUAUGAUCAAGUUAAUCCUCAAACAUGGGAUGAUGGUUGUCCAGAGCUGUAUCAGCUGUCUGGGGGCGGUGGUCAAUGAUGUCAGCCACAACUAUGAGCUAGUCAAAGACUGUUUCAAGAAGUUCUAUGGAGUCUUGGGGCGGCUGAUGAUAGAACACAAGUCAAACAGAGACUGUCCAACACUGAAGCAGAAACGGCCCACAUUGCUGCGAGCUCUCUACACUAUAGGGCUUUUGUGUAAACACUUUGAUUUUGACUCUGCAGAAAUGAGUGAUGCAAAGAUGUGUGUUAGAGAAACUGUCUUUGAUGUUCUGUCCUAUUUUGUGGGCCAUGAAGAUGAGGAGGUCCAGCUGAAGGCUUUGACAGCCAUUGGCUUCUUUGCCUGCAGGCACUAUCACAUUAUGUUGGGUCCGGUGCUGAGGGACCUGUACGUCAAGCUGCUGACAGAUAACUCUGCAUCAGUGAAACUGAGGUGUCAGGUGUUGAGAAAUCUGCAGGUGUAUCUCACAGAAGAGGAGUUUCAGAUGGCAAAAUCUGAUGCUGAAUGGAAGAAACAUUCCAAACAAGAAGACCUGAAAGAGAUGGGUGAUGUCCAGUCCGGAAUGGCAAGUACUGUGAUGCAGGUGUAUCUGAAGGAGCUGAUGGAGGCAUUCUUCCAUGAAAACUGCCAAGUGCGGUUAACUGCACUCAAUGUGGUUACCCUUGUCUUGAAGCAAGGACUUGUUCAUCCCGUCCAGUGUAUUCCUUACUUAAUCAGUAUGGGGUCUGAUACUGAGCAAGCCAUCCGAAUCAAAGCCGAUCAGCAGCUGCAGGAGAUUGAGAAGAAAUACCCAGGCUUCACUCACAUGAAGGCACUUCAGGGAAUGAAAGCCUCCUAUAGACUUCAGAAAGUGUUCCAUUGCAGUAACCCAGUGGAAGCAGUCAGAGGUCGGCGAAUGACUGAAGAAAAUCAACCCCAAGCACUCAAUGCAUUCCUUUACUCGUUGCUGCGCCCCAACAGAUCUCACAGGCGGGGUCUGCUGACGUCAAUCCUCAACCUAUUUGAUGAUUCUGCUAGGAUAUCCCUGGAGGAGCAGGUAUACAUUGCUGACAACCUGGCCUACUUCGCAUACCAGGCCCAGGAUGAGCCACUUUUCAUCAUUCAUCAAAUUGAUAUCAUCGUCUCUGUCACAGGAUCAAACCUCCUCCAGUCUUUCAGAGAGAACCUACUUCACAAACACAGUCAAGGUGUGCACAACGGUGUCGACGGCGAGAAUCUCCCUAAUGGUGAUGCUAGUAUGGUCGAAGACGAGGAUGAUGAUGAUAAUCCCGAAUCCAUCAUGCACAAGCUUCCAGAGAACAUCAAACCUCUGUCUGAUGUAAUGCGUCUGUCUGAAGGGUGUGUCCUGUUGUUGGUCCUCAAGCAGCAUCUGAAGGAGAUGUACGGCCUUACAGAGGGCAAAAUCCACAAGUAUUCCCCUACAGAGGCAGCAAAAGUCUAUGAGAAGCCAUUGAAUAGGAAAACGUUGCCAAACUUUGAGCCACAGCACACCCUAAAGGUCCUGAGCUCAGUCUUUGAGGAGGAGGAUACUCGCACAGAGGAUGAGAAGAGACAGAAACUAGUUGAUGAUUAUCUGGAGUUCCGAGACUUGAUAAUGAGCAUAGAUCCACUUGAUGAGGAGGACAGUGGCGAUGAGGGACACGGUGCUGGUCGUGCCGCCCCAGGUAGCAACAAAUCUCCCUCCCGCUUGAGUGAUGCGGGUGAGGCUGGGAGAAGUGGAGAUGCAGCCAAUGGGGAGCACACAACCACCUCAGGAAUGUCUGAACACCCACCAUCAAGCACAAGAUCUCCAAAAAGUUCUCACACACCAUCAGAUCAUCAUCAUCAUCAUCAGCACCACCACGAAAAGAAAAAGAAGAGCCAUGGCUCCUCACACAGAACUAAUAAACUGUUGGCCUCUGGCGGUCACAAAACACCCACAGUGAAAAAGAAAAGGAAGAAGCGGAAGCGUCGAGACAGCGAUGAUGAUGGUGAUGAUAGCGAUGAUGAUCCGGAUUUUAUUGGUUGA